AUGCCGCAAGAAAAUAUACGAAAAUGUGGUGUCGCGUAUACAAAUUUCUCAAAACAGUUGCAAAAAAUUUAUCAAAAAGCUUCUAAUGGACCUUCAGCAUCUGUAAAGCCUCGCCAAUUAACAGAAUUUUGGCAAGAUUAUUGCAUUUGGAUAUCAAAAUGUAAAAAUCUCGAAGAUUCACAAUCACAACGUGAAUAUUGGGAUGCAAAAGAGGAGUUUAAAAAUCUAAAUAGAGCGAUUAAAAAGGAUCUAAACCAAAAUCAAAUUCCAUGGGCUCAAUUUCAACCCCCAAUUCCAACGACCACACAAUAUUUAAAUAUGAUAACAGAUUUAGUUAAAUUCCAAUUUCAUCACAAGCAGUGGGAACCACAAGUAGCAUUAAUAUAUAAACUUUUCUACGCAGUUAUAGCUAGACCAACGUUCUUGGUUCUAGGUUUAGUAGCAUUGUAUAUAAAGCUUUUAUUAGUUUCAAGAUCUUUAGCAUGGAUUCAACAACUUACAUUUGAUUUGCCAUCAGUUUGGAAGAGUUUAGUUGAUAAUCCGUUUUACUUAAUCACUUUCUUGGGUCUCGCUAAUAACAUUGCUGGAUUAUAUGGAAUCCCAUCUACAGAAGAAAGACAAGCAUUUUAUGAAAAUCAUCGAAUACAUGAGUACGAUUUUAUUAAUGCACUUAUGCAUGAAUUUGAUAAACAGAAAUGUUGGAAAGGUUUUUGGAAUGUCACAUUAUAUACGGUUGGUGUCAACAGUAGAGAUCUGAAUGAUAUUUUCUGGGAAUCUAUUUAUAAUGAUAAUCCAAAUAUUUUUGAUGAAGACGAAGUCCAAAUUGAUGAUAAUAAUAAUGAUUCUAUUGUUGUUUAA